CGGCGCACGCAAGCUUCGCGAGCUGCCAGGCAGCGGCGGCAGUCGUCAGUGCGUGCUGAGCGGCCGGCCGGCGAGAGCGCGCGCGCUCACUCGCUGCAGCUCCCGAGUUAGCGGAGAAUGAGUCUCGUGCCUCGGUGCGACAAGUGCGAGGAACGGCGACAAGCUGCUGCUGGCGCGAGACCGCGAUGACGCCGGCGGCCAGCAGCGCGACCAGCAAGCGAGUAGUGCGGAUAGCUCUGCGAUCGAGCCGCGACGGAUGACGAGGAGGCCCGGAGGGGACGAGGACGCGGACGACGACGGCGGCGACGACGACGACCAGGCGGAGGCGGAGGUGGAGGAGGCUGUCGAUGCGGAGAGCGGGAGAGCGGGGGAGAGCGAGCGAGGAGAAAGAGAGAAAGAGAGCGAGAGAGCGAGACAGGGAGAGAGAGUGCGCGCGCGCGCGCACCGGGAGCACGUGCAUGUGCAGCGCGCAGCACCGACUCGCCCCGCCCACGUUCCUUCUCGCGCUGUGCAAUACUCCGCGCGCGACAUGCUGUAGAGUUUGUUAUGCAGGAGCAGCAGCAGCCGACGCCCCCGGCUACAGGCCCAAGUGCGUGCACCAGUGACGAGAGUUAAGCGUUAAAAGUGGCUGCGGCGGUGCUGAGGAAUCGCGGCUGCAGGAGCAGGCGGUCCGAGCUCACCGCCAAGCUGGCGUCUGAGCAGCACCGGAGGAGCGAGAGCAGCUCGGGGGGUGCGCGGGGCUCCUCGUCCCUCUCGAGCGCGAGCGGCGUCGGGGGCGCGAGCGCCAGCGCGUCUAGUAUGCAAUGCGGCCUCUGCGCCGUUGUCGCGGGCCUCUUCCGUAGGGCCAUGUGCAUCGCCGGCAGCAGGCGGGGCUCUGGCGAGUCCUCGGCCUGCUACCAGGAGCUGCCCCCGGCCCCGGCCGGCCUUCACCUCGAGGCGAGCGCCGGCAGCGCGGACGAGCAGCGGCAGCAGCAGCAGCAGCAGAGGCGCUCGCCCGAGAUCAUGCUGGACCGCGCGACCGAGCAGAACGCCCUGAUAGAGCGGAUUUCCGAGGAGGCGGCCGCGGCAAUCGCCGGCGACGCUGGGCCGCCGAGCUGCCGGGCGGCCGAGGAAGGGGACGAGCCGAGCGAGCUGGACGAACUCGAGCGACUGCUGCUGGCCAAGUUCGACGUGAGCCAGUACCGGCCGAAGCACACGGGCCGCUUCCUCACCAUGCACAAGCGUAGGCGCAAGCGACUCGUCACGCGCUCCCUCGAUCAGGAGCCCGGCCUCCUCGACGACGUCUCCCACGGCCAGGUUCAGUGUGUCCUGCAAAGGGUCGCCAACUGGAAGUUCAACGCGUUCACCCUGGAGACGGCUACCGGAGGCCGCUCUCUGCCAGUGCUCUGCGUUCACCUCUUCCACUGGUACGGGCUGCUCGAGCACUUCAACCUGGACGUCGUCAGGGUCUGGAAGCUCUUCACUUUGAUCGAGGAAGGCUAUCACAGUACGAAUCCUUACCACAACAGUAUACACGCCGCGGACGUGACGCAGGCGAUGCAUUGCUUCCUGCAGGAAGAACAGAUAAGAAGACACCUGAGCUAUCUGGAAAUAAUGGCUUCGCUGAUAGCCGCCGUGACGCACGACCUCGACCACCCGGGCGUCAACCAGCCGUUCCUCGUCGCCACGAGCAACCACUUGGCCGCUCUUUACGAGAACACCUCGGUCCUGGAGAACCAUCACUGGAGGUCGGCGGUGGGCUGCCUCUUGGAGAGCGGAGUCUCGGAGCAACUGCCGGAUCGAGUCAAGCCCGAGCUGCAGCGACACAUCAGCUCGCUCAUCCUCGCGACGGACAUAACCCGGCAGCAGGAGUUCCUCACCCGUUUCAAGCGCUAUCUGGACGAGCGCGAGCUCGACAUGGAGCAGCCCGAGCACCGACACUUUAUCCUGCAAAUCGCCCUCAAGUGCGCGGACAUCUCGAACCCCUGCCGGCCCUGGGAUAUAUCGCGCAAGUGGUCGUACAAGGUCUGCGAGGAGUUCUUCCGGCAGGGCGACUACGAGCGCCAAUUGAACCUACCGGUGACGGCGCUCUGCGACAGGCACACCACUAGUAUCCCCAAGAUCCAGGCGGGCUUCUUCAAGUUUGUAGUGCUGCCGCUCUACGAAGAGUGGCACCGCUUUCUCGACGACGACUUUAGCCGCUCGCUCAUGCGACACUUGCGCGCCAACCAGCAGCACUGGGAGCUCAUGAUACAGGAGGAGGCCGCCGGCAGCCAGGAGUCGGCGCAACAGCCGCUCCAGCAGCAAGCCUGCGGCGGCGGCAGCGAACCGGUCACCGAGGCCAUCGAGCCCUCCGAGGUCAGUGCAGCUGUGCUCGAUUACAGGGGGCAGGCGGUUGCUCAAACACUCGGACGUUGCUUCUCGCAGUGCACAGAGGAGGACUCCGGCAGUCUGGAGCUGCCGAUGCCGUCACCCGCGAGCCUGGCACCCCCCGGCCUGCAGCCCAGUCUCGACCGGGCAGGCGAGGCUCGCCGACAUUCGGUGCCGCUCGGCGUCUGCCGCAGCCUGAGCCUGGCGCCUCGGCCGACGACUGCUCGCCGCGAGAGCCUGCCUGGCGCCGCCUCGCUCGUGCCUUCGCGCGUCUCCUCGCGCAGUAGCCUGCACCGCGGCUCGGAGGCCUCCGCGCCCAGCGCCGCGCUCACAUGCUCCUCGAUCUCGCCAGCCGCCCCCGAGCGCCCGGUCAGCGCUGAGAACCUGCUGCCCGACACGAGCAUCGCCAGCAUUGCCAACAGCCUCGAGGCCUCGCGGCUCAGUAGCCUGGUCCAGCAGCAGCAGCAGCAGCAGCAGCCCUGGGAGCAAGCCCUGCACGACUCGCCGGGGCCGCAGGCACAGCCGCGCCAGGCGAUGCUCACGCGCCAGCAGACCUUUCCGCCCGUCCAGCCGUACGCCCGGAUGCGCUAUAUGUCGACCACGGCCGAGAUGUCGCAGUGCUGCACCGCGGAGGUGCUUCUCGAGGCCGAUAGUUCUUCCUCGCGCUCGGGCUCGCCAGCGCCGGCUUCUGGCCUCGUAUCGUCCACUACUGCCCUGGAAUCGCCCUCCGCGAUGCUGCUAAGUAGCUCGUCGAGCGUUACGGGCAACGUCGCCAACGCUGCCGAGCUGCGCCGGCACUCGACGCCCGCGCAAAGCAAGACGCGCAGCGCCGAACUGGCCAACGCUACGGGCAGACGCUUCACUACGAUACCGCUCACGCAAGAGCCAGGUCAGCAGCAGCAGCAGCAGCAGCAGCAGCAGCAGCACAAGGUCUUCUUCAUCGGCAGCCCGCCAGACUCGCCGCCCAGGCAGCAAAGCGCAACGCCCACAAGCGAUGGCAGUGGCAGUAGCGUCGAUCAUCAUCAUCAGCAGCAGCAGCAGCAGCAGCAGCAGCAGCAGGCACAACAGCCAAGCCGCAAAAGCGCUGACAGCCUCAGUCUACCUGGUAGUAAACGCGACUACGCGGGUGACUCUGCUCGCGAUAAGAACGUCAGCUGCAGCUCGAAAAUGCUCAAGCUCAUGAAGGAAAACGUCGAUCCGCGUGCGGUGGGCAUCAGCGACGACCUUGCCGUUAAUAGUAAGGCCUUGCUCGCCCUCGGCAAUCGCCGUUCCAAUAACCAGGGUUUGGCAAGAAGAAGGGGUUCGGCGCCAGUGGGACUGAUGUUGGCCAGCAGGCUCGACGACAGUACAUCUGCCUCCGUUCGCUCGACGAUCGACAUCGGCUCCAGGCGCGGUUCCGUUCCCGCCGACAUCACGACUCAUCCAAAUGGAGGAAUUAAUCGAGUUGGCUUGAGCAUUCGCAGCGAAAAACUGUCUGUGGGCAAUAACUGCAGCCGCAGACGUUCGAGCUUGCCACACGAGGCAGCUCUGGGUAACCUACUGGCAGGCAAUCUGACUCAGUUGACAGCAGCCGAUCGCGAGAACUACCCGCUCAACAACAAUAACAGCAACAACAACAAUAACAAUAACAAUACUGGUAGCAAUAAUAAUGGCUUUCCACGGCUCACCGUGCAGGUCGAGGGAGCGAGUCUGAUGAUGAGCUCCGGCGAAAGCGUCUUGGGGGCCAUCCCGAGCUCGCGACGCGGCAGCGUACCCGCCGACAUAUCGGAGCUGCGGCGUGACCCACUAGGUCGCAACAGCCUUAAUGGCAGUGGCAGCGUGAACCCUGCUGCAGGACUCCUUGGAAAAUCGCGCAACAUUCGCAGCAGCAAAAAACUGCUGCGUAGACGCAGGAGCGGUGGUCCCGAGAUGUUCACCAGCGGCCAACAAACUGCUCCAGCUCUUGGUGCUCCGGGUUACCAGCAGGUCGACGCAGGCAAUAACGAAAACGCUGGUGGUUGGCCAACUACCAGCAGCAGCGGCUGCAACGUCAGGUCUAAACGUGACUUCUCCAAGCGGGACAGUUUUAUAUCCGAGCCCAGCGGCGGGCCUGUCGUAGUCGUUCCGAAGAGAAGAGGUUCCUUGCCCAUCGAGAUGCUUACUGUCCCACCGCUCACCAGUCGAUACAUACACAGAUAAGAAUGGGCCGCCGCCGCCGCUACCGCCGAACGUAGUUGCCGCUGGCGAUCGCCACUGCUGAAUCUCACCAUUAAAGGACCAUUAAAUCUGCACUGAGAGCGCAUUGUAUAGUGCGCGACUGUCGCAGUAACUCUUGGUGCGUGGUUUUGCGAUUGGCCCCUAUGUGCGCAGUCAGCUUAUGAUUGUAAUGUUCAGGAAAAGAAAUUUCUUAUUUGACAUAUUUGAGCGAUAGUUGAUAAUCAAAUCGCUGGACAUGAAAAAAUGUCAUCGAGUUAUAGCAUGAGUGUAAGAUUAAUAAGGGAAAUUUAGGUUGUUUUGUUUUUUUUUCCAAGAAGAAAAUGAAUUGUAUCAAAGUGUGCUUUAUCGACUAUCACCUUUUUGAUAGGGUAUAUUAUUUAGCUCGGAAUAAUAGUGUGUUGUUUGUACUGGGCGAUUAAAAAAAUGGUAUAUGGGUUACGCGACCUCUAUCUACUUAUGUGUAUAUGUGUUUAAAAUCGAAUCGGCAUGAAAAAACAUUUUAAUCGACAACCAUCAGUUAUUAAAAGGUUAUCAGGAUAUUUAUGUUAUUGCUUUAAACUGUGACUAACUAUGUAGACGAUGAUCGCCCCCGACUGCACUAUCGCGUUAUUGCUCCGCGGACGACAACACACGUUUGCUGCCCGACGAAAUGGAGAACAUCUUGAGCACCUCCCUUACAUCGCAUCGCAAUCAGUUUGGACUAUCCGUUUUAUCCACACUGUUAUAAAAAUAAAUACAAAUAGUGAACAUCAACACGAGGGACUGCUAUUACACAAUGUUUUAUCAAAUGAAAGUCUGAUGUGCGUGAGCAAAGGAAUGACAAAUCGCGUAGUAUGUAAUUAUUAUGGUUUUUAUGUUCUAGUAAAAUUUCAGAACAAGAGUUUUAUCAAGUUUUUCAAUACGUAUUUAUCAGAAUAUAACUUUUUUAGGCUAAAAAGGGAAUGAUUAGCAAUUUUUACUAUGUUUAUUAUUAAAUUGUCUUGAAAGUAGCAUCAAACGUAACAUGUUAAGAUAUCCUUGAAUGAUUUUUUCUUUCAAUAUACAUAUGCCAGUAUAUAAUUUUUGCCAUAUACUGUAUAGAUCAAAAUAAAGUUUUGUACAAUUCAAUAGCAUCGAGUAUCUGGCUUCCUGGCGCGCGCGCGCACACAAACACACACGCACACACACACACACAAACAAACUGAAAGAUCAAGUUUAUGCAAGUCGCUUUAACUGUGUGCAUGCAUCACAUAUGUGUUAUGAAUAAAAAAAAUCGGUGUAUCUAUUUCUCUUGAUAAGCGUUAAAUAAUAUUAUUCGCUAGAUCGAGCACCACAAGUCUUCCCGCGAAAAAUUCUACAAGUUUGCAGCAGUCAAAAAAUUGUGCAAUACCCGAGUACGCCAAAUUCGAGUGUGCCAUAUUCGUUGAUUCUAAAAUUGAAAUUUUCACACGUAUUCUCAGUUGUUUCUUGUCCAAAAUUAAAUGAAAUUGAAUUAACUAUGUUUUUUUCGAAAAAACAAACAAACGAAAUAAAUAAAGAAUCUGUCAAACAUACAGGAAUAAUUUCGUAAAAAUGCAAACAAAUCUUUAUGAACCAAGAAUGAACAAGACUGGUAGAUAAAUACAGAGCUGUAAUGCUGACUAAAAACCACACUAGUAGUUUGUUAUUAAUAUGACACUUUAAUUUGCUCAAAUGAUUCGCAAUAAUAAAUAAAAAUAUUUGAGGUCCGUCCUUAUGCGUGUAUGUGAUGUACUAUUAUAUUAUAGUAAAUGAUAGAGUCUGUAACGAUUUUUGUGCAGUGCGGGUUGUAUUCAUUUAACCGAAUGAAGAUGUGCUUUGAAAACAUUUCUGAUCAAAGUGAGGAAAUUUGUGUUUACUUGCAAAAAAUUUAAAAAAAAACCAAGCUUUUGCUUAUUAUGAAUAGAGUAUUAUGUUAUAUUAUCAUCAAGGCAUAUAUUAAUUUAUUGCGUUGAAGCAAUUAAUCUACGCGAAAAUCGUUGCAAUUUUACACGUUUACUAUAUGCAAACCAAUAUGUUCAGCAUCAGAUAAGGGGUAAAGGACCUCGAAAGAAUCGAAAUUUUGAUUUACAACGCACACAAUUUUUUUAUAAGAAAUUUUAAAGAUCAGAACACAUGUAACACGAGCUAUAUUCUCGUGUAAUGUGUGGAAACUGAAUUUAUUUAUUUUAGAUCUAAUAAAUUUGAGCGUAAACUAGAUCUUGCAUUCAAUAUGCCCAAGUACAAAGUAGUUACCAAGGAAUAUCUCUUGCGUUUUUGUUCAUUACGGACAAACAUUAUUAAAUUUAAUUAGGAGUAUAUAUAAAAAUUGGCCGAAUGUGCGGUGCCAUUGCAAUCAUGAUAAUAUAAUUAGGUAUAGUUGUAGUAGACCAUCAAAGUCCAUCAAUAUGCGUAAAAAUAACGAUCUAUGAAAAAUACCACAACGUAUCUGCUGUAUGCAAGAACCAGCUAUGUAAUAUUUUUACACAAGAAAACGAAAGGUAAAAAAAUGAUCGAGGGUGAAACGGCGAUAUUUUGAAUCAAAUUGAAAUACCGAAAUCGAAAUUUAGUGAAUAACGCGUUAAGUUGUAAUUACUAUAUAGCUUCGAGCUUCCACGACACCCCAUCGAGUUUAUACUCUUCUUUUUUCAUAUAGCAUGAGCUUUUAAAUACUUGCGCACAAUGCAACACAAAUUGAAACUUGUAGGCAUAUACAUACAAGUUUUUACAUAACGAUUUAAACGGCAAUAUAAAAUAUGUAUAGCUGGUCAUUCCAUAAAGCAAUUUGCGCGCAGUUGUGUAUUUUAAAUCCAUUUUAGCAGAUCCGCAGUUGUAGACGUCGUCACAUCAUUACCAGUCAUAUUAUUAUCAUCGUUAUUGUAUUAAUAAACAAUACCUCGAAAAAAAUGAAAUGUUCAUAUUAGGUAGCUUUAGAACAUUAUAGACAAUAGAGAAAUGUCGUACAGUAAAAUUAUAAAUAUGUUUGCUCAGUUACUAGCAAGAUGCUGCGCGUGAAUAAUGGAAGAGUGAGAGAUGAGAAUUAUAUAAAAAAAAUUUUUUCAGAAAACAGUUGCGUCUCAACAACGGUAUAUUCCAAGUGUAGAAUUCAAUGUUUUACUUGACGGUUAAAUGCGUCAAUGAAAAUCAAAAUUUGAUCAAAUUACGAAACCAGAAGUCUUGGUUGCCCUAUAAUUUCAUUGUUCAUCUGAAAUGUAUAUACUCAAGGUCGCGCACUCAUUAUUCACAAGUUUUUUUAAAGAAAGCAAGUAAAGCUCGAUCAAGGAGUAAAAAUAUUCAAAAAUGUAUUCGCUGUAUAUACGUGUGAAAAACGAAAGUGUGUUACGAUCUAGAUUAGAAAGUACAAUACAUACAUUUUUUAUGGAGUCUUUUUUAUGGUAGAGUGCUUCAAAUUGUUUCACAAUCAAACAACUUAUAUUCGUUUAAAUUAAUCGAUUAAUAAUUUUUGCGUGCAUAGCAAUGCGACCAUGAAUGUAUAUGUACACUCCUUAUUAUGAUCUGUGAUUCGAGUCCUUCAGUGAACGACGAAUCGCUCUUUCUUCCUACUUCUAUUUCGCGUUAAUUCGAUCGUAAAGGCAGACAACAACUCCAAAUAAAAUGAAAAUUCAGUGAAAAUGGAACGAGAAUUCUCAAAUGUUAAUUAUUGUUCUAGAGCGUAUACUUAAUCUCUCUCUCUCUCUCUCUCUCUCUCUCUCUCUCUCUCUCUCUCUCUCUCUCUCUCUCUCUCUCUCUCUCUCUCUCCCUCUCCCUUGACAUAACUUUUCGAGUGACUUAACACACGGUUGGG